AGAGAGAGAGGAGUGGGAGUGGCGCAGCGCCGCCCUCUGCUGGCCACCGGCGGAACUGCACUUGCUGUGUGACGGGUUAUUCAAGACGGCGAGUUGUGGUUCUGCCUCACUGCGUGUCAGAGCCGUGCUGCCUACUCCUCACAGGAGAGAAGAGACCGAAGGAGCUAGAACACUCCUUGGUCUGCCGGUUUCUUUGUUAUCGMCGAGCUUAUUUUCGAGAAAUGAACCAGCGCAGCACAUCAUUCUGGCUUGCCGGCAGCUGCUGUGUGUGAUCUGGAAUUAGAGGAAAGGGCRGCAGUGAAUAUGGAGCUGCCUGAUGGCUUGUUGCUGCAGGUCAACAACGGAGAGCAGUGGUGUAACCGGUGGAAACAUCCCAACGAAGACUCUGACCGGAGUACCAGCCCCUCAGUUCUGCGCUCUGUUGCCAGGACAUGGAAGGAGGGUCUGCUGAACAGAAAGAGGCCCUUUGUGGGCCGAUGCUGCCACUCCUGUACUCCACAGAGCUGGGAGCGAUUGUUCAACUCCAGCAUUCCAUCUCUGGGCCUGCGUAACGUCAUCUACAUCAAUGAGACCCACACUCGACAGCGGGGCUGGUUGGCACGGAGACUGAGUUAUGUGCUGUUUGUUAUGGAGAGAGACAUCCACAAGGACAUGUUCACCAGGAACGUGGUCGACAAUGUGCUCAACAGCAGCAGGAUGGAGACGGCCAUCUUGACCGUAGCAACAGAUUUGGAUGCAGCUGCGAGCCGGCCCGUUCAGGAACACAAGUCUGUCAGCAAAGUGAAGCAGAAAGCCAGAGCGUUCCUUCAAGAGAUGGUGGCCAACAUUUCACCAGCUUUUAUCAGGCUAACAGGGUGGGUCCUUCUGAGACUGUUUAAUGGCUUCUUCUGGAGCAUCCAGAUCCAUAAAGGACAGCUGGAAAUGGUCAAAAAAGCUGCCUCAGAGCAGAAUGUACCCAUGGUCUUCCUCCCUGUGCACAAAUCCCACAUUGACUACCUGCUCAUCACGCUGAUCCUGUUCUGCCAUAACAUCAAAGCCCCCCACAUCGCUGCUGGAAACAACCUCAGCAUCCCCAUCCUCAGCACUGUGAUCCGUAAACUCGGGGGAUUCUUCAUACGGAGGAGAAUGGAGGAGACGGGGGAUGGCAAGAAAGAUAUUUUGUACCGAUCUCUUCUGCAGGCAUACACAGAGGAGUUGAUGCGUCAGCAGCAGUUUUUGGAGGUCUUUCUGGAGGGCACCCGCUCCCGCAGCGGGAAGCCAUUCCCGGCACGUGCAGGCAUGCUGUCCAUCGUGGUGGACACGCUGUACUCGGGGGCCAUCGGGGACGUGCUGGUGGUACCAGUUGGCAUCUCGUACGACCGCAUCAUUGAGGGAAACUACAAUAGCGAGCAGCUGGGCAAACCCAAGAAGAAUGAGAGUUGGUGGGGAAUAGCGUGUGGAGUGUUCAGGAUGCUGAGGAAGAACUACGGCUGUGUCCGAGUUGAUUUCAACCAGCCUUUCUCCCUAAAGGAGUACUUGGACAGUCAAAGAAGUCGUCACAUUCCGCCGCCAGUGUCUCUGGAAAACGCCUUGCUGCCCAUCAUUAUUUCUGCACAGCCUGAUGGUCGGUUGUUUGAAGGACAGGAAGAGGAGCAGAUGGAAAGAGAGCUUCCUGCUGAGAUCUUCAGACGACAAGUUAUCAACAACUUAGCUACACACGUUCUCUUCACGGCUAAUAAAUCAUCGGCGAUCAUGUCGACUCAUAUCGUAGCCUGCCUGCUGCUCUAUCGACACCGACAGGGAGUGGUUCUGUCCAGGCUUGUGGAGGACUUCUUCAACAUGAAGGAGGAGAUCCUGUCACGAGACUUCGACUUGGGCUUUUCAGGAAACUCCGAGGACGUGGUCAUGCGUGCCCUCCACCUCCUGGAAAAAUGCGUCAACGUGACCAGCAGCUCCAACCGCAACGGGGAGUUCACCAUCGCGCCCGCCCAAACCGUCCCGGCACUUUUUGAGCUCAACUUCUACAGCAACGGCCUUUUCUUUGUCUUCAUUUCUGAUGCGAUCAUUGCCUGCAGCAUCCUGUCGCUGCAGCGAGAGCUGCUGAUGGAGUCGGAGUGUGGUCACCCACCUAAAGAUCCCAACUGUCUCCCUCUCAGUCAAGAACGGCUCAUCCAUAAGGCUGCUGGUCUCUCACAAUUCCUCCUCAAUGAAGUGGCUGUGGCAUCUCCCUGCCAGACAAUUUACCAAGUUUUUCAUGAUGCAGUGACUCGACUGAUCCAAUAUGGCGUCCUCUAUGUGGCAGAAGAGGACCAGGAGGAACUGAGUUCCAGCCCAUCAGAUGAGCUAUGGCCCAAAAAGUUCUCCGAGCCUCUUUCCUGGAGAAGUGACGAAGAAGACGAGGACAGUGACUUUGGAGAGGAGCAAAGAGAUCGCUACCUGAAGGUGAGCGUGUCGGCAGAGCACCAGGAGUUCUUCAGCUUCCUUCAGCGGCUGCUCAGUCCGGUGCUGGAGGCCUACAGCGGGGCUGCAGUCUUUAUCCACAGCUUGAGUCAGCCCAUGCCUGAGUCCGAUUACACCCAGAAGCUCUUCAGAUUCCUGCUGACGCGAACCGAGAGAGGAGUGGCUGCUUAUGGUGAAAGUGCAACUCAUUAUCUGGUGAAGAACACCGUGAAGACUUUCAAAGAGCUUGGGGUCCUAAAGGAGAGGCGGGAGAACAAGGUGGCGAUUCUGGAGCUGAGCAGCACCUUUCUACCUCAGGCCAACCGGAACAAACUCCUGCAGUACAUUUUAGGAUUCACCCUGAUGUGACUGGUCGACCUUUCAGUUGCCAGGCUCCUUCCAUUCAAAGGGCUUCUGCUGGUUACUUUGAAACAAUCCCAGGUGCUACUCUGUGGAAAGCUUUACCAGGAAGUGCCUUCACAUUACAGCCGCUAACUGUUAGCCGUUAGCUGGAAGAGACUUGAAGCCAGUCUUUUGUUGGAAAACAUGUAUUAAUCUUACGAAGCGGUUUCUCCAGGAGUCAAAUUUUCUUUGAGGACGUUGCCAACAAAGUCUAAACCUUUUAACAGUUUUACAUGUACAAAGACAUAAGUGAGCAAGUUGGGGAAACAACUACUUUUACAUCAAUUUAAACAAAAAUAGUUGCCUUUCAAGUCAAUUUAACCACGGCAACAUCUUUUUGUUGGCUCUUUUUUGCUUGUUAGGACAAACUGCUAGAAUCUUAGUGCACUUUAAUAUCAAGCUGUAGGACGUGUUAAAAUGUAGUUUUCAUGACAAAUACAUUUUAAAAAUCAAAUCCUUGUAUAUAGGUCACGGUGCAUAUAAAUAGCUUUGACUGAAAGAUUUGCUGAUGUCCCAGCAAACCUGUACAUAUUCAGUUUUUUUAUGAACAACGAUAAGUUCUGUUCUGUUACGUUCGAGUUAUCAAACCACUGAUCUAAGUGCAUUCAGUUACAGGAUGAGUUUUAGUAAAAAAAAAAGUUUAACUUUUCAAAGAAUGUCACAACGCACAGCAUGUAAAAAAUAAAAAGAAAUACCAGCUGUCUCAUCCACGUGCAUUUAACUGUAACCAACUCAGACAGGGAAAGCAUGUAGUUUUCUUUUAAUCAACGAGCACUGCUAAAGAGGAAUACUUCAAUCCAGUAGUUGGGCAUUUCUAAAACUAAACCGCUGUAUAGUUUAGUAAAAAUAAAUGGUACGCGUCGAUAAGCUGGCUGCUUUUGCGAUCUCUUCUUCUGUAAUAAUGUGAGGAGCAGCGAGGUAAAGCUUUUUUUUCUGUUAAGUCUUCAGACAAACUGAUUUUAAAGAAUCUGUGUAAAAUAACAAUGUGCUUGAAACACAUUUAACAUAAAAACCGUGAUCGAUCAGAUGUAAAAUAGAGAAUGUGAAAUGCUUUUAAGCGCACACGUCUGGAGCUUGUUUGAAGGGUCAGAAAUGUUGGAGGAGUCCUCAUGAUUGGUCGGAUUACUAACCUUAAAUCAGACUAGGAACGCACAUCAAUAUAAACAUUAGCAACAAUCUUGAAAUACUGCUGGUUACAGUUUUUUGUUAAUAAAAGUUUUUUUGCGUGCUCAUUUUAAAGCAACUUAAACAUAAAUCCACCCUGUUUGAGAAAAAGGCACGUUGAAGAACAGACAAGUAUGUCACUAAAAGGAUGUGAGGUGGAAGACUAACGUUUCUGAGCCCAUAGACUGUUACAGGAGCAGGAAUAAACCACUACACUUACUGUGCUGCAUGUUUCCUCUGGUCGCCUUUUUCACUCUUUAAUUUACUUUAUCUGCAAUCAGCACAUCACAGCGAGCGAGAGUCUGUAUGUUAAAGAGAGAGAGAGAUGUAAAUGUUGAAAAUACACACGCUGAAUGUAUUUCAGCUGUCUCUGAAUCGGCCACUUUGAUGCCGUGAAUACUGGAGGGUAUCGAUACAAAUAAGAUUUAGUUUUUCUGAACURUUUGUGAGAUUAAUCGUCUCACUUUAAUCUGUGUAAUAAUGUAAAAACAAGUCUGUAUCUGGGAGGCGCUGCCUUUUUAAUCGCUCUGUCGUGUUCCUCAGUUUCUGAUUUUGCGCAUGUGUACCACUUAUUUUAUUUAUKACUCCGAAAGAACAAAGUAGAGAUUUUGUUGUUACUUUAAGAGAGGAGAAAAAAAAACACCAGCUACUAAAAUAAGUCUUUAUUUUCUUUUUAGUUGCUCUUUCAGAGCAAAGCACAAUUGGCAUUAUUARAUGUUUUUAAAUAAAUGAACUAUUAACUAUUGUCUUGUCUGUUUUACUACUUUAAGUGGUGCGACUGACAGUGAAUGAAAAAAAAAUGCAGGUAGAAUUUACAAAUGAUUUGUUCGGACAGAAAAUGCAGAUGUUUAAGUAAUUUGUAAAAUGUGUGAAACGCAAUGUGUAGAUAUGCCACAGAAAUGUGUGGAAAUGAAAAAUAAAAAAGAUUUAAGAAUGUACAUAAUAACAUGUAUGUAGCAAGUUCACUUCUUCUGGAGAUUAAAAGGCAGUACUGUGCAAAA